CAUGGCUGAUGCGGCAAUUGAAAAUGAUCCAGACGCUGGUGAAUACUCUGUGGAACGUAUCGAAGACAAGCGGGUUAUAAAUGGCAAGACUGAAUACUACCUUAAGUGGAAAGGUUAUCCGCGUAGUGAAAACACAUGGGAACCAGAAGAGAAUCUCGACUGUCCAGAUCUAAUUGCAGCCUAUGAGGAGUCAAUUAAACCCAAAAAACCCGAAGCAAAGAAACGCUCAUCCACGGCACCCGGCGGUGAGCAAAAAACUAAACGAAAACUAGCCGAAGAGGAAAAAGAUAAUCGCAAAACAGUUGGCUUUGAUCGUGGCCUGGAACCAUCGAAAAUUCUGGGUGCCACCGAUUCCUCGGGCGAACUAAUGUUCCUUAUGAAAUGGAAGGGCAGCGAUGAGGCAGAUUUGGUACCCGCGAAACAGGCCAAUGUACGCUGUCCCCAAAUUGUCAUACAAUUCUAUGAGGAACGGCUCACCUGGCACACACCCAGUACCGACGAUGACAAAAUCUCCUCCAGCAAGGAGAAUUCAGCAGCUGAUUAGGCC